AUCAGCGAGGCAGCAAACAACCGAGAAGCGUCGCGACUCCUGCUCCGGCUGCUCCGGCUGCUCCGGCUGCUCCGGCUGCUCCGGCUGCUCCGGCUGCUCCGGCUGCUCCGGCUGCCUGGACAACCGGCGCCUCUCUCCAAGGCUGACUGUAACCCAAUGAGAGCCCAGUGAUGGGUAAAGAGAAGCUCCAUAUCAACAUCGCGGUCAUUGGCCAUGUGGAUUCAGGGAAGUCCACCACCACCGGCCACCUCAUUUACAAGUGCGGAGGCAUCGACAAGAGGACCAUUGAAAAGUUUGAAAAGGAAGCUGCAGAGAUGGGAAAAGGCUCUUUUAAGUACGCUUGGGUCCUUGACAAGCUAAAAGCUGAGAGAGAGCGAGGCAUCACCAUCGAUAUCUCCCUGUGGAAGUUUGAGACCAGCAAGUACUAUGUCACCAUCAUUGAUGCUCCAGGACACAGAGACUUUAUUAAGAACAUGAUCACUGGACCUCACAGGUUUGCAGACUGUGCUGUGUUGAUUGUGGCAGCUGGCGUUGGAGAAUUUGAGGCUGGCAUCUCAAAGAAUGGCCAAACACGAGAGCACGCUUUGCUGGCAUACACUCUGGGUGUCAAACAGCUGAUCGUGGGUGUCAACAAGAUGGAUUCUACGGAACAUUACAGCCAGAAGCGCUAUGAGGAGAUUGUGAAGGAAGUCAGCACUUACAUCAAGAAAAUCGGCUACAACCCCGAUACAGUGGCAUUCGUUGCAAUCUCUGGAUUAAUCGCAAGGUUGGGGGUUCGAUUCCCUGGGAACACAUGAUAGAUGACCUGGUUCAAGGGCUGGAAGAUCACUCGUAAGGAUGGGAGUGUCUCUGGGACGACUCUGUUGGAGGCUCUGGAUGCCAUUCAGCCUCCAACCCGCCCCACUGACAAACCCCUUCGCCUCCCACUGCAGGACGUUUACAAGAUUGGAGGAAUUGGUACUGUGCCUGUGGGACUGGUUGAAACAGGCAUUCUGAAACCUGGCCUAGUUGUGACAUUUGCCCCUGUGAAUGUGACCACUGAGGUGAAAUCUGUGGAGAUGCAUCAUGAGGCCCUAUCUGAAGCUCUUCCGGGUGAUAAUGUGGGCUUUAAUGUGAAGAAUGUCUCAGUCAGUAUCCGACGUGGGAAUGUUGCAGGUGACAGCAAGAAUGAUCCUCCACAGGAGGCAGCGAGUUUCACCGCACAGAUUUUGACAUUGACAUUUGACAUUUUGAUCAUUCUGAACCACCCAGGUCAGAUCAGCACUGGUUAUGCCCUCGUGUUGGACUGCCACACUGCUCACAUUGCUUGUAAAUUUGCCGAGUUGAAGGAAAUGAUUGACCUUCGCUCUGGAAAGAAGCUGGAAGACAAUCCCAAGUGCCUGAAGUCUGGAGAUGCUGCUAUUGUAGAUAUGAUACCAGGCAAACCCAUGUGUGUGGAGAGCUUCUCUGAGUAUCCUCCUCUUGGUCGCUUUGCAGUGCCCGACAUGCGUCAAACCGUAGCAGUGGGCGUCAUCAAGGGGGUUGAGAAGAAAACCCCGACCUCUGAGAAGGUCACUAAAUCUGCCCAAAAGGCCCAGAAGAACAAAUGAAUGUUGUGCUGGGCUGCGAACACUCGGGUCAGCCACACCAUCCCUCCUCUUCUCAACUUCAUAAACAAAGCUUGGUUAAUUAUCACAAUGCAUCGCAAAAGCAGAAGGAAAAGUAAAACUUAUGCCUGCUUGACAAAGAUUACAGUAGUGAUAAGUAUAUUUAUUUUUAAUCGUAUGUUCUGUUUGAAUUAUCAGUCUUCAUUGUGGUAUUUGUUCUAUUGUUAAAUUAUUCGAAGCACUUUAAGCAGAUCUGCCUCUGGUGGGAGUGUAGAGUAAGCUUUAUUUAUCCUGUAGCUUGUGUGCAAUAUCGAAACCCUCUUGCUAACAUUGCUUGUGUAACCUGGCUUGCAAUAGAAGCUAACUGCUCCAGCUUGUCCAAAAGCUAUGAGAUUUUAUCUUAGUCUCUUAAGUUAGUUUGAUGUGUUGUGACAUAGCUUUAAAAUUGAAGUUCAGUGUCUUUUUCUGUUUGCAUGAAGCUAAAGUAGCUAGCGCACUUUACUGUCUAACCUGACAGCGCUCUGAACAAGCAUGAGCCAUCUUGUUUGCACUUGCACUCAUGUACCUUAAGGGGAAUAUGAUUCUCCAUUAUCUAAUGUAUUUCGGUUCAUAACCAACAUCAAAAUACAUUUGAACUCAGAUGCCUGCUUCUAAAUUACAGUACAAAGAUAUAACAAGAAGACAUUUUCACAGACAUCUUUGAUGGGGCUUUUGUAUUUUAAUCAGACAUUUGAGAGCUCUGACACCAAUGUUCACUACUGGUGCACAUGCAAACAAUUUUUUUUGUAAAUAUCAUUAUACAAUAAUUAUUUAUAAUGUAUAUUGUAUAAUGAUGUACAUUUACAAAAAAAAAAAAGAUUUUAAGGUGGACUGUGUGAAUUGUGUUUGCGGUGUGAUCAGAGCUAAAAAAAAGAAAGACAAAUAAUAAUAAAAAAAUAGCAACUGAUGUAGAAAGGAAACUAUGAGGUGCUCUUCUCAUCAUUUAAUAUGCUUUAUCAAAACUGUACAAUUUUUAGCAGCAUCAUUUUCCUACAACAUGUCUGGCACUUUUUUUGUUUUUACAUAAGAAAAGUAAACGACCUUUUAAUACAAUAAAAUCAAUUCAGAAAGUGUGA